AUGGAGAAAGAGAGUGUUUGUAAAGCUCAUGUUAUUGUGGUACCGUAUCAUGGACAGGGCCACAUUAAUCCAAUGGUGCAGUUUGCUAAAAGAUUGGCCUCUAAAGGAAUCAAAAUCACCAUAGCUACCACAGCAUCAACUGCCAAGACUAUGGAACGAACCUCUGAUCUAUUCUCAGUCGUGUCAAUGUAUGAUGACAUUACUGAAGGUGGGGUGGCAGGACCUGGAGGAUUUAAAGGUUUUCUUGACAGGUUUGAAGCCAGUGGCUUGAAAAAGUUGACUGAAAUUGUUGUGAAAUAUGAAAAUACUGAUCACCCCAUCAAGUGUCUCGUGCAUGAUGCUGAUAUGAUGUGGGCUUCAAGUGUUGCGACCGAGCUAGGCAUUGCAAGGGCUGCCUUCUUUACUCAAUCAUGUGCAGCCAUUGGUACUUACUAUCCAAUGCACUGUGACUUGUCAGGAACAGAAGUUCCUCUUCCUGCUUUUGCGAUACCGGGAUUGCCUGAGGACUCCCCACUUGUCAUCACUUGGUUCUGA